GCAAGUUCUUGGAGCAACGCCAUCAGUGCGGUAUCACUGACACCAUCAGCAUCUCGCUCAGACAGGAGCAAUCAUGUCGAGGUCUUUCUACGUAGACUCUUUGAUUAUCAAGGAUCCCGCGCGCCCGACUCUGAGCGAGCACACGGGGCAGGACUUUCUAAUCCCCAUUGGCAUGCACUCUCCCGGCGUGAUGAGCGUCACUGCGCCCAUCUGCCCGUCCCGGAAGACCGGCACCUUCUGCGUUUGUCCGCUGUGCGUAUCCUCACACAUCCACUCUCCCCGCGGCGGGAUCCCACUGCUCAAGGGACAAGGCUUCACCGCCGGUGAUGCGGCGUUCUGCCAGAGGAUGGCACACCAACAGAGCCCCGCGUUAGCGCACCCGGGACACGGACACGCGCCUGUCUGCACGCCCACAAGCUUCAGCGUCACUGACCCUCGGAGGUAUCACUGCCUGUCUCUAGGUGCAUCUGACAACAGCCACAUACAGAACGGCAAACGGAUGCGCACCGCCUUCACCAGCACUCAGCUGCUCGAGUUGGAGCGCGAAUUCUCGUCUAACAUGUACCUCUCACGCUUACGCAGGAUCGAAAUAGCCACAUACCUGAAUCUGUCAGAGAAACAGGUGAAAAUAUGGUUCCAAAACCGACGCGUUAAGCACAAGAAAGAAGGCAAAGGUACGCAAAGAAGCGCUCACGCAGGAUGCAAAUGCUCGGGCAGCCACUUGCACUAUCCGCGCUCAGAAGAUGAAGAAUCCCUGUCACCUGUAUCAGCCACAGAGGAGAAGGAGACUUCACCUAUUUAGGGGCGUCACAAACAUUACAGACUUCAAUUUUGUACCAUACGUGGCACUUUUAAACGUACGGAUCGGAUGAAACUACUGAGUUCAUGGGACGUUGUCUUCUUUCUAUAAUCCAAAGUGUGUGGAGGUUUAGUCUGUAUUACCACAAACUACUGUUUUACCCUGCCACUCAAGUCAGUCGUGUGUUUUAUCAAUGAUUCACUGUGACAGAAUACUUUUUAACAGGUUGUUUUAAGUGAAUUCUGGUAAUUCAUUGUCUUCCCUGUUCUUUAAAAAAUAAACUUUGGACUCAAGAAGAAGAUGAAAUAUUUCCUGUUUGAUAUUGUAAAUAUGCAGACUGUUAAUCCUAGACUACUGAGAAGCUGUGAUUUUUUUUCCUAUCCGAAUUUUAUGUGCAUAUUAAUGAAAAUGUGUAUAUUUGUAUUUAUUUAAAUAAAAAAUACAUCUGUGACUAUA